UCCUCCAGCAACAAGCAGCCGCCUGAAUGUAGAUCCGCAUGGGCUCUUACUUCUCUGUCUCUCCGAAUAACCCAGCGGAACCUUGAGACACGGAUCCCAGGAUGGUGUUAGUGCAUGUCGGAUACCUGGUUCUACCCGUAUUCGGCUCCGUAAGAAACAGAGGACCGAAAAAUGGUUGUCAUGCUCAUGGUACUUGUGGUAACCAUCAUUUUCCCACCCCCACAGAAGUAUUUUUCACCCUAGGAUCCCAUUUCAACCGGCAACAGCAACAGCAGCAGCAGCAGCACAGCCAUGCUACCUCUUGCCGGCACUUCCAGUUAGGUCCUCAGGCCCCGCUGACCAUGGACUUCCCCAUGCCCCACCCAGGUCAGCCACAGUCAGGCAUUAACCCCCACUUGGCCCCUCCCGGCCACCAGCAUGGCCCUCAGCUCCACGCGACCCUUAAUUCCCUGCCCACCCCCCAGUUCCAGGACAUCCCCGCCCCUCCCUUCCUACCUCAGGCAUUACACCAGCAAUACCUCCUCCAGCAGCAGAUCCUUGAGGCCCAGCACCGACACAUCCUGCCACCCUCCAGACGCACCCCAGAGAGAGUUCCUCACCAGCCCCACAGAUUACGGCCUGGGUACGAGUUUGCUCCGCCUCUUCACGUGCCCCCUCAGCCGGUGGUGCAGCAGCCCCGUUACCUGGCCGAGGGCACAGACUGGGAUCUAAGUGUCGAUGCUGGACUGCCGCCCCACCAGUAUCACAUCCAUCCACUGCCACAGCACUAUCAGCACUACCUGACCUCUCCUAGGAUGCACCACUUCCCUAGAAACAAUGCCUCAACGCAAGUGGUUGUCCAUGAGAUCAGAAACUACCCGUAUCCCCAGCUGCACUUGCUGGCUCUGCAGAGCCUCAACCCCUCCCGCCACGCGUCUGCAGUGAGAGAGAGCUACGAGGAGCUUCUGCAGCUGGAGGACCGGCUGGGCAGUGUCAAUCGUGGAGCGGUCCAGACGACCAUAGAGAGAUUCACUUUCCCCCAUAAGUACAAAAAGAGAAUACCCCAGGACCUGAAGAUGUGUCUGGAGGAUGAGGAGCUGGACACAGAUGAGAAGUGCACCAUCUGUCUGUCGAUGCUGGAGGACGCAGAGGACGUCAGGAGAUUACCCUGCAUGCACCUCUUCCACCAGGCGUGUGUGGACCAGUGGCUGGCCACCAGCAGGAAAUGCCCCAUCUGCAGAGUAGACAUUGAGACCCAGCUGACCCCCGACAGUUGAUGACUCCUGUCGACUCCCGCAGCUUCGGAUCUGGUCUUGUGAAUUCUCCAUUGCCUCCCGUCUGGGGGGAAAAGCUCUGCCAAACUCCCCUCUUCCCCCUCUGCAUCACUCCACGAGCCCGCCUCCUGAGACGGCCGGGACAGAGGGAUCAACAAAGCACACUCACCCACAACACAGCAAGGGACAGGGGGUUGACGCACAGAUCGGCGGCUGGACUGAAGGUUGGUUGAAUGGGACUUUGAUGGAUGUAAACGUAGCAGCGGACACGUAUGGACAGAUGUGCUGAGGCUUCACACGAUUCUGUCUGUGUACCCUGUGUACAUUUCUCCAUACAGCCACACACAGAGAGAGAGAGAGAGGACACUGACCACCAACCUCCCCAGCUCAGUGUGGUGUAUUAAGGCCAUGUCUCUGCCACAACAUCUAAACCCUUUCCCCCCCCAGGCCUGUGAAAAAUCCUUUAAGCUGCACUCUGCCCAAGCCCUCAGCACAUCUGUACAGAAUAUUAUCAAAUGAUUAGCAUGAGGUUGUUUGGUGUGAACUCUUGUAGCUGAAUGCUUGUGGUGUAAUGGAGUAUAGUACUGAAUAAGUAUUUACAGAGUAACAGUGUUGUGUAGCAAGCAAAAAGCCUUUUGAGAAAUAUGUUUGUGCAAAUAUAAACCUACAGAACAGAGAGGGUGAAUACAGCUCCGACGGCGAGAACACGCGGCGCGUCCAAUCACAGGCAACGACAGGAAGAGCUAGUUGUGUAAAAAGGCCAAAAAUCCCUCGUUCUCGUCCAACACGGUUUUUGAAUUAACGGUUGGUGGACGCCAUCAGAGUUUGAUGCUGAACCCGCUAACUGCAGGCAUGGCUUCCAGUGAUCUGUGUAGUGUCGUAGUCUGGGCCUCUAUAAUCUAGAGCGGAGGCCUCAGAUGUGCAUGCUGUCUGGCAGGCUUGGGCUGUGUCGUUAAUGUUGUGGAGCAGUAGAAACAGGGACUGUGUCUGUGCAUGUGAAGCGUAUACUAUGACUCUGACGAUCCCACUCAUUCAUAGAGGAGGAACGA